AGCCGGGUCUUGGAAACCCCUGGGGCUGCGUGGCUUGGGAACUGGAGGAAUCUGUGAGGCCACGCAGCUUGGCACGGGAGCCGGGUCUUGGAAACACCUGGGGCUGCGUGGCUUUGGCACUGGAGGAAGCCGGGGCGCCUCGCCACUUGGCGCGGGAGCCGUCGGGGAAUGCACGACGGGCUGGGAUUCGGCAACAGCGAGAGGGUUGAGCUGUGCCGUGGCGUGACAUGGCGAGGCGGAAGAGGGCGGCCACACCUCUUGGCGACGUGCCGUGCGUCGGCGACGCCGCCGCGUCGGAGGGUGUGCAGCGGGUACUGGGAACACCGACGCCAUGGGCACUAGGGUGCCGUCCGGCCCCCACACCAUGGUAUCCAGUUCCUCCGGCGUGUACCUUGCACAUUCCUGCUCCAUCGCCUCGAAGAACUGCCGGGUCCAUUCGUCGAGCUCCGCGGGAUCGUCAUCGGGUUCGUCGAAGCCGGCAGGGCAUGAGGGCGGGUGCACCUCGACUUGGCGUGGAUGGGAAGGCGAACUAGGCGUCGCUCUGUGGCGCCGCGGCUUGUGUCGGCGUCGCGGAGGAUUUGGAGCGUCAUCGAUGGGUCCGGGAUACAACCACGCUGUAGCGACGAACGUGUCGUCCGGACCGCACACCAAGUCCUCCAUCUCCCAUAGCGGUAUCGCCAUUUCCUCGUCCUCCAUGGCCUUCAAACGCUGCCAGGUCCAAAAAUCGCUCUCCGCGAGGUCGUCGUCACUUGGUGGGAUUAUUCUGUCACGUUUCGGCAUGUCUAUGUUGCGGUGCGACCCCAGGAUGCAGAGAGCAGGACCAAAUGCAGGAGUACUGCCAUUUGACACUUCCCAAGACUUCUGGCUCUCCCACAGCAUUGCCCGUUUCCCUUCCUUCCCAGAGAAGGGUUACCUGUACCCGUCCUCUGGGAAAGUCAAUGGCCAGACUCUGUGUGUGAGCAUCCCCUAUCAACACUUCCUCCGUAUUACCCGGCAGCUGGUGUAUCUUUUCCCACGCUUCUUCAACUGCUCCGUGCCGCCUGCGUUCGCCAUCAAGCUGCCUGGGCUGGCCCACUUAUGCGCUGGCAAGCGGCCUGUGGCGCAGUCCGAUAAGAACAUGGAGCAGCUCUUCACCCUGCAGGGAGAGAUGUUCUUCACGUUUGCCAAAUCCAAGCGUUUUGUGGAUGACAUCUACUCAGGCUGGGUGGCUCAGAUCCUCAACACAAGCCUGAUGGUGAAGUCCUGGCAGAGACAAAACCACAAACUGCCCUCCAACUGCUCGAGUCACGUCAAGAGGAUUUGCCUCCUGGCAGCCGCCCCCUUCUACUCUCUGUACGACCACUCCAAGUGGUGUGUGUCAUGGGCUCACAAGGACCAGGUGACAUGCUUGGCAGACCUGAAUAGGGUGAAGACCCAAAUGUGGCGUGGCGGGGGGGUGGUGUGACUGGUACAUUGGUUGCUGAAUCCAAAUGGAAUCUUUUUUUUUAUAUUAAAAAUAACCUUUUGGUUGUAGCCAAGUGCUACAUGCCAUUUUGAACUCAACUGCUUCAAUAUGAUUAAAUUCAUAAGACGUGUGUCCAGAGUGCGGCCCAGGGUGUUUUUUUUUUUCCAGAAAUAAACUAUAAAAUAAAUUGUUAAAUAAAUAACUAAAAUAAUUAUAUAAAUUGUAGGAAUAUUAUAUAAAAAUGAUUAUAAAAAU